AUGAGCGUAGAAUCCAAAAAAACACGUGAGGCUUGCUGCUCCAAGCUCAAGGUGGGUAAAAUGCGACCAUCAACACUAUCACCUACUUUUUGAAAAAAAAAAAAAAAACCUGCAAACUUCUAAAAGUCGAACCUGACCAGAAAGCUCACGUGUUUCUUUAACCUUAUCUCCUUGUGUUUGUCUCGGUACGGCAUGUCUGGGCAGUAAAAGGCAAAGCAUUAACGAAAUAAACGCCUAAUUUUCCCCUGAAAAGAUAAAACUUGGAGACUUUGACACAAAGAGGCUUUAACUAGGUCUGGAAAUGAGAGCAGGGGUUUUUAUGGGUGCAAAGGAGAGUUAGGAUGCAGGUUCACUACAGUGCAGAGAGAUAACAUGAUGAGUGAGUGUGUGAGGUGGGCUUUUCAGAGCUCAGGAGAAAAAAAGAGAGGGGUUUGGCUGCAGUGGCCUGACCUGUAUUUGGAUCAUGUAAGAGCUGUUUUUAUUCCAGAAACUGAUUAUUGCGGUAAAUGGGACAUCAGCGGCUGUAACUGAUUCUCUUUUUAAGAUGUAUCACGAAACCUCUCUGAUUGUUAAAUGGACUAAUUUUGGUUUUAGUUGUCUUGUCAAUGUUUUAUUUAAUCUCCAGCAUCCAAACAUUAAAAAUAUAUAUAUUGAUAUCAUUUCAUGUGCUCUAUCAGCUGAGAUAAAUAUGUGUCAAAGAUUUCAGAACGUCCAGACUGAGGACCAGAUUUAAUCUCUGGAUAAUUAAAUAAACUUGAUUAAAACUAAUCCCAUUUAAAUGAAUACAAACCCAAUCAGUGAUAGAGGAAGGUGUAAAGUGCUGAGAUUGCUCGUAGUUGUGGGUGUGAAUUAGUCUGAUCUGUUACAGGAGGAUGGGAUAAGACACUCCCUUAUCCAUUCACCUCUCUGCAUAGAGAUCUAACAGCAUUAAUGUUAAAGUUAUCACACAAGUGGAACCUCUAAGAGUCAAAUCAGCCCACUCACAUGGAAGUCAUUACAGUAACUUUAGCGAACUAAAUCCAAUCAAAGCUCAUACAUAUGGAAGCCAAGAACAGCCAUGCACUUUCAACAUUUAUUUAUUUAUUUAUCUAUCUUAUUUUGUUAUUUUUUUCAUGCACUUUUAACAUUAUAUAUUUAUUUAUUUAUUUUAUUUAUUUAUUUUUUGUUGGUAUUUAUCUAUUUAUUUAUUUUACUUUAUUUUUUUUCACAUACUUUCAACAUUAUUUAUUUAUUUAUCUUUUUUUUAUUUUAUUUUAUGCUCUUUCAAUGUUUUUUAUUUAAAAAAUAAAAUAUAUAUUAGUUGAGAAAACAAACUGUUCCCACUCAGCAAAAAAUAGUUGAAAAUGAAUGCGUCUUCACUACACGUCUAAAUAAAGACCAGUUUUCAAUGUCUUUUUUUGGGCUAAAUUAGGACAGAAUCGCACCAUCUAAAUGAGGCCAAAUCGCUGCUGCUGCAUUUCAUAAAUAUCCUAAUCUAGAGAGUGUUUUUAAAUGUUACCGUUAAGGUUGGCUAAAAUGUAAUUUCCAUUAUCAUGAGAAAAUGAACUUUGUUAUAUAGAGAUAAUGAAAAAAAAAAUAAGUUGAGGAAACGAACUGUUCCCACCAAGCAAAAAAUGGUUGAAUAGACGUUGAAAAGACAACUUCAAUUUAACAUCUUGUUUCUUGAUUUGGGUUUCAGCUCUUCCUGGCCUCCAUGGCCUUCGUUUACUUCUCCAAAGCCUUCUGUGGAGCCUACAUGAAGAGCUCCAUCACCCAGAUUGAGAGGCGCUUCGACAUCCCCAGCUCCCUCAUCGGGGUUAUAGACGGCAGCUUUGAAAUGGGUAUGUGUGCAUUUGUAUGAACUAACAGGGUUCUGACUACAGCUUUAUUCUGCUAGUAUUUUUAGACUCCGUUCUUCUUCCAGGUAACUUGCUGGUCAUCGCCUUCGUGAGCUACUUUGGUGCAAAACUCCAUCGUCCCAGACUGAUUGGGAUUGGCUGUUUGAUCAUGGCUGUUGGCUCCUAUCUCAUCGCUCUGCCUCACUUCUUCCAGGGAGAGUUAGUACACAACUUUUUUUAAUAUUCAGCUUUUUUAUGUUUUAUCUGAGGAAAGAAAAGUUAAUUUAAUUCUCCAAAAUGAAACAAUAUUUCAGUUUGGUCCAUUUGGUAUUCAAGUCCACAGUAUCAGGCAUUUACCACGAACAGUUCAAGACAUUGAUUCAUCAUGUUGUGAGAAACUCCUGUAUGACAUUUCUUCUCAUUUUCCAGAUACAAAUAUGAGACCAGCAUGUCUCAUAGCACGGCUGUCAACAGCUCAGAGAGCAUCCUGCCAUGUCUAUCAAACAGCACCAUAUCUGACGAAGAUGAAACGCCUGAUUUAGCGGCCCAGGCAGGUAUAGUCCAUGCACACUGACGGCUUUAGAUUUAAGAUCCCAGUCUGUUUGGUACUUCAGGGUCAUUUCACGCAGAGAUGCAGAGGAGAGGAUUUUCAGCGUGAUCGUGUUUACAUCAUGAAUCUGCUUUUUUUUCAGCUUGUGAAAAGGCGGCUGGUUCGUCCAUGUGGAUCUACGUGUUCCUGGGUAACAUGCUGCGUGGAAUUGGAGAAACUCCCAUCAUGCCUUUGGGUGUGUCCUACCUGGAUGACUUCUCCAAAGAAGAAAACACUCCUUUUUAUUUGGGUCGGUAACAUUUAUCCUUGUAUUGCUGGUGCUAGUAUCUUCAGUAGAUGUUUCUAAACCUCUCAUCUGAUAUGAUUGUUUAACUUCAUUUUUGCCUGCUAGGCAUUCAUUAAAAUCCUGUAUAAUCUUCAUCUUUUCUUUAUCCUCAAUUUCCAGCCUGCAUUCACACUGUGGGAAUCUUGGGACCUAUGUUUGGGUUCAUGCUUGGGUCCUACCUCGCGAAGAUCUACGUGGAUGUUGGAUCUGUGGAUUUAGGUGGGUUAAAGCACAGGGUGAUUAUUGAUAACAAUAAUAAUGAUAAUAAAACUGAGUUAAAACUCAAAUCCAGUAAAAGCACACUCAUAAAAAUGAGUUUUAAAUGGGAUACUUGCAAGUCUGAUCUCCUCGGGCAGUUUGUCCCACAGAGUGUAUGCCUUGACCAAAAAGCCCAAUCCGCAGGGUUCAACCGGGUUCGUAAGGCAUAAGGAGCUCAGGGAUGAAUUUAGGGGCAAAUCCUGAUAGUGCUUUAGAGUUAUCGUUAAGAUCUUAAAAUCAAUUUUAUAAUGAAGUAUUAAGACAAGUAUUCAGUAGUUACCUUUAUACAGACCUAGUAAAUCUUGCCCAGAAUGGCAAGAUCUUAAAGAGCGAAGCGGAUCUUCUAUUCCCAACGUUUCUCAUGCUCAGUGGGGCGUAGAUCAGGGUUUACGACAGUCUAGGAACUUUAUGACUUGAUCCUUGUCACUUUCAGCUAAUGUGUAAUUUGUCGGAUCAAGAGGUUAAGGGUUAUCUGGGAGUCUAAAACCACCAUAACCUGUUUCUUUGCUUGUCUCCCUCCAACAGACACCAUCACCAUCAACUACAAAGACUCCCGCUGGGUCGGAGCCUGGUGGCUGGGUUUCAUAGUGACCGGCACUGUGGUCUUGUUUUCUGGUAUCCCAUUCUGGUUCCUGCCUAAGUCUUUGCCUAAACAAGGACAAGAGCAGAAUCAGAAUAAGAGCACGGAGCUCACCCCGACAACAGAGCAGGAAAACUUCCUGCCAGAGGAAAACCAGGACCACGAGGAGAAGGAAAAACCGGUGACAUUCAAAGAGCUGGCUAAAGGUACCGUCCAAGAUCAAUAAGCCAAGUCAUCCCCGCUCUCUCCCUCAUGUUGUGUUGUCUUAUUUUACUCUCCACAUCAACAGCCAACAAUUACGUAUCUACAAGCAUGCCCUCAACCUCUAACAAUACCCAUGUGACACCGCUCAAACAGUCUUUGGGCUUUUGGGGUUUAAUUAAUAACAAAGUAGUAAGCCUAGACAAAUCAGAGGCAAGACCUGUAACCUUGAGACCUGGACUUAAACAACUGACCACAAUGAAAUCUGGGCAAGAGUUGAAUGACCCACCAGGACCGGCACACGUGGGAAUGGUUACUUAAGCUGAGGCUUAUCACACAAUGUGUUUGUAUAUCCUUUAAUAGACCAACUGAGAGUUUACGUUUCUAUUAAAGCUAUAGAACCAAGUUAGAAAACUUAAACGAAUAUAAAGUAAAAUAUUAACACUUACACUUUAAAAUGAGGAGGUUAUGACAUAUAAUUGACAUGCUUUGACAUGAUUUUCAUAAUAGAUAACAUUGCAAUAUUUCAGUUGUGUAAUUUUGCAGGAAAACACCACAUUAACUUUAAAAAAACAACAUCUAUCGUCCGUCUCCUUUUCCACCAGAUUUCAUCCCAUCUCUGCGGCGACUUUUCAAGAACAGCAUCUACUCCAUGAUGAUCCUCACCUACCUGGUGGCCGUCAACGGCUUCAUCGGCAUGAUCACCUUCAAGCCGAAGUUCCUGGAGCAGAUCUACGGCCAAUCAGCCUCCAGGGCCAUUUUCCUCAUAGGUACAGAGCGUGAGGGGAACCCCACUCACUCUGCGUUUACUGCUGCCAAAGGCAACAAUGAUGUUGUUGUAAGGAAGUGUGAUUACAAGAGAUAACCUUGACUUGACGUAUAAGCACUCAGUAGGCCGCUGCAGACUGUCCUAUUGUGUGUGCCUGUAGAGUAAGUCCCAUAGCUAUGAUUAACUUUUUAUGACUGUUUACCAACAUAUCUGUCUUUGUUAUUUUUGGAGCAUGACUAUGUGGAAGUCAUUGUUCUUCGGUCACCUACUAUUUGAAAUUUGCUGUUUGAACAUCUGCAGAUGCAACACUAAGCAAAGCAAAAGCAUGUAAAUGAGUACACCCCUUCAGAGUUGUCAGAAAACCUUUAGUUUACUUUCAGAAUCAACAUUUUCUAUGUCAGACUAUACAACAAAACACUCCCCAAAAUGUAGGCCAUUGAUUGCAAACAAGAUUUGGUAACACUUUACUUGACGCUUAUCUCUGUAACGCAUUAUAAAUAAAUGUAAAAUGCAUUAUAAUGUGUUAUAACUGUUAACAACUCACUGACAAUGCCCCACAUAUACGUUAUACAUGUAUUUAUGAUGUGUUAUAAUUUGCUUAUAAACUUGUGUAACUAUUAUUAUAAACACUCACUGAUUAUCAUAAGACUGUAUAACAAUAAGCAUAACACAUUGUAAUACCUGACCUUGUAAGUCAUGAUAAACUGCUUUAUAAUGUGUUAUGAUUAUUGCUAUAAAGCAUUAUGAUCAUUUAUGAGUGUUUAUAACUUUAGUUAUACAGUGCUAUAACAUGAUUAUAACACAUUAUACAUAUAUUUAUAAUGCGCUAUAGAGCGAGGCAUCAAGUAAAGUGUUACCAAAGAUUUUUUAAGUUGUAUACAAAAAAGUAUUUUUUUCACUUUAAAAUAAGGAAGCAAAAAUGAGUACACCCUAAACAAAGUUCUGGGAGCAAAGCUAAAUUUUAGUUAUCAUAUCACCCUUAUGGUUAUCUUAGGGUAAAUAAAAUGUUAUGUUAAACUCAGCUUUGUCAAAACUUUGGAAAUUGUACUUUUGCUCAUCUAGAUUUUGAGGAAUACAUGACUUUUAAUAGGGGGUGUACUGACUUAUGCUGGGCACUGUAUGAGCAAAAGAAAUACCACAUCCGAUGAGCUCACAACGUACUGUAGCUCUGAAACGUAGUGAUACCCUAAAACAAAUUCAGUCUAAAUAAGUUAGUAGAAUGAUUGUUACAGGUAUCUAACUGUGUAAACAGUUAAGUAUAUAAGUGCCAUAAAUAUUUAAAAAGUAAAGAUCUAGAUUUGAUAGAUUGGUGAAGGAGUUGGAUAACGUUUAGUCUUUUGUAUCAGUUGGUUUUCUUAAUCCACAUCUCUGUCCAUCUAUCAAACCCUCCAGGAAUCCUGAAUCUGCCGGCGGUGGCUCUGGGCAUCAUCACCGGAGGUUUUAUUCUGAAGAGAUUCAAGCUGGGUGUUAUUGGAGCAGCCAGGGUGUCUAUUUCUGCCUCUCUUGGUGCCUUUUGUCUGCUUGCCGUUCAGGUCUUCAUCCACUGUGACAACUCAGAGGUCGGGGGUUUGACUGUUACAUAUCAGGGGUGAGUGGCACGCCAUCGUACUUCCAUGUGAGGUCGACUUUUCCUGCUCUUAGUUAUUUGUUUUUUAUUGUUUGUUCUUCUUGGUUUUUCUCUUGGCCGGCGUCCCUCGCUCAUGUGUGCUUGUUCAUGUCUGUUCACCAGGGCUCCUCACGUGUCCUACAAUCAACAGUCUCUGCUGUCACAGUGUAACAUGGGCUGCUCAUGCUCCAUGAAGCACUGGGACCCGGUAUGUGCCUAUAACGGCUUGACGUACGCCUCGCCUUGCCUGGCUGGCUGCAAGACCUCCAGCGGAAUUGGGAAGGAAAUGGUAAAACAGUAAAUUCAGCAACUUAUUAAUGACUGAUUGGAAAUCCUAAAGAAAAAGUUGUGUAUUUUCAGUCUUGUCUUAAGUCUAAUUGAUGAUAAAAAGGAACUUACAACACAUACUGGUCCUUAGAGCCUCACAAGUUUUGUUUAUUUAAUUCAAAAGUGCCCGUAAAUUAAAGCUCCUGUGAGGAACUUUUAGUGUGCGUCAGGUUUGGCGCCCCCUCUGGACAAAGCAGUCUAUGCUUAUCCUACUCCCUGCAUGCUUGAGAAGUGAUUUAUGCCAACAAAUCUCAUCCUGCUGGUUUUUGACAGUCAAAUUUCUCAUUUAUUGUGAAUAGUUUAGGUGAAGACUCAUCCUAUCGAAGUAUUGAUCCAAUCUCUGUCUUUUGUUGUUUUUUUAGGUGUUUCAUAACUGCACCUGUGUUGAGGAAAUGAUGACUCCUGGUAUGAACACGUCUACCGUGCUGGGCCAGUGCCCAAGGAGGAGCAACUGUGAGCGCAUAUUUAAGAUCUACAUGGUUCUGUCUGUAGUGGGGUCCUUCAUUUCUGCUUGUGGGGGGACGCCAGGAUACAUUGUGCUGCUCAGGUAUGUCAGAGCUUUUGAAGCGAGUUUUGCCCCUUUAACGUCAUAAGAAAUACUCGUGAAGCUGAAAUUUUGCAAAUAUUCCAGGUCCAUUCAGCAAGACCUGAAGUCGCUUGCUUUGGGGAUGCAAACACUUAUAGUGAGAACUCUGGGUAAGUACCAUGAACACUUCAGCUGGAGGUUUUGAUGCUAGUCAUGUUGCAGACAUCGAUAAGGUUAAGUGUUUACAGAGUAUUAAUACCAAGAUGAUCAGUGGCGUUACAUUUACGUACUUUGAUUUGUCGUGAUUUUUCAGGUGGGAUUCCUCCGCCUAUUUACUUCGGUGCACUGAUCGACCGAACAUGUCUGAAGUGGGGCACCAAGCAAUGUGGAGGUCGUGGAGCGUGUCGACUCUACGAUGCUAAUGCCUUCAGGUAAGAGGAAACCACACUCUGUUAUUUUUAUUUUUCUGCAGGAAUUUUCUGCAUAUCAGGUUUUGCCUAUUUUCUGUGAACAUGUCGGCAUUUAAAAUGAUGUUUUUAUUUAGUUUUUAAUUUUAAUUUCCUUUGAAGAAAAUGAACUUUUUAGCAUAAAAUAGGGUGACCAUACAUCCGCUUUUACCCGGACAUGUCCUCUUUUUUGGGGGGGCUGUCUGGCUUUGUUAACACAUUUCUUGCAGUUGUCCUAUGUAGCUUAAUACAAAAUUACAUAGGAAAUGUGCAAUAUUAAAGCUACUGUAAGGAAUUUUGGCGCCCCUUGUGGACUAAGAAGUCGUUGAUUAUUUUGUUAAAUUUUUGAGUACUUCCUUAUCCUGCUGACUUUUAACAGUUAAUCAUUUUAGUUAAAGUGAAUAUUUUGUGUGGAAAUUGUAAAAGCAGGUCUGUUGCUUCAGCUGCUAGUCCUAACCCCCUCACUCAGAUUUCAGACAUUAAAAAUUUGGAUAUAAAAACCAUCAAUUUUGUCGCAGAUGAUCUUGUUUGCUUUUGGAUGUCAUAGAAAAGCAUCAAGAUGAAUUUCAGUCUAUUUCAUUCAUGUGAAAAAAAUCCCGACAGGAGCUUUAAACAACAUAAAUAUCUCUCUUUGUAGAAAUUCGUUAAAAUCCAAGCCUAAGCUUAAUCUGUUUCUUACAGGAUGACGUUCAUGGGAUUGAUCACUGGACUCUACUUCCUGUCUAACACACUCUGGGGAGUCCUCUAUGUCAAACUCGUCCGGAGACAGAAAAAGUUAGCGUUGCGAAAUCAGGCCAAAGAAAAUGGGACUGAUGGUAACAACACGGGUAACGGACAUGCUAACGUCAACAUCACCCAGAACAAAGAAGAAAUGAACAACGAGAGCACAAUUUAA